AUGGUGCCGCUAGAAACUGCUGGAUCAACAAUCACUGGCGACGAAGAGGCUAACGGCGCUGCUGGUAGCACGCCCUCUGUCCUUUCUCGCACGAACGUGACCCUGCCCGUCACGUUAAGGACUGGGACGUCACACGACGAUGCCGGAAUUGAAACCGAUGAUGAAGGCCAGCAUGAUGUGGAGGAGAGGACCGUGGCAUCGUUGCAACAAUCUCGCCUCACAACAAAUCACGAAGGAAAGGCGGUCGAGGACAAGCUACGCGACCUAUCCGAGACGAUGCAGAAGGAGGAGGGUGUCUGGGAUUACAAGAUCGUGGCUGAGUCUCUUGUCAGCACGGAGUCUCGUGGACAAGAGCUUCAAGCCGAGAUUGAAGGGGCGGUCAACGCAUUGCUUAAGCUUCGAAAAGAUCCUGGCAUGAAGACUCACGCCGACCGCAUACACCGGGAGCUGUUCUUCAUGUACAGAAAAAGACUGGAUGAGUCGCUGGUCAAGGUCUAUCUAAACGCGAGGGUGACACCGGAAGAGUUUCUCGAGAUGACGCGGAUGGAAAAAGGCGUUUUUAUUACUCAACAUGAUCUCCAUGGGCGUGACAAGAUGAGCGAACUUUCAGACGUCGUCGAUUUCCUAAAAAACUAUGUUACGAACUAUCACAGAGAGUAUGGCUACACGAGUCAGAAAUACAAGGAUCUACAUGAAGUCGUGACGGCCAUGUAUAAGAGUAUAUACUCGCACGAAGUAGGGCUGGGACGGAGAACCUAA